CAUUCCUCGACUUCCUCUUUCUCUUCUUCUUCUUCUCAUCGCGAUCAACAUCAACAAACCCCUUCGUUCUUCCUUCCUUCUUCCUUCCUUCUUCCUUCUUCAACAUCUUCUGGUGUGUCGUGUCUUCACUCUUUCGACCGGCCCCGUUCACUCCUUCACAAAAGUUCUACUGUCAACUGCAACAACUACUACUCCAACUAUACACCACCACUAGCUACCUAGCUCACUACUACUCCUACUCACCAUGAAGUUCGCCUCCGCCGCCCUCCUUCUCACCGCCCUCACCACCGUCGUCGCUCUCCCCGAGCAGCACGCGCACCACCGUCACCACGCCCGCCAGGCCAAGGCCGAGCGUCGUGCCGAGCUCGAGAAGCGCGCCGUCGACUACGUCUACUCCUACGUGACCGUCGUCGUCGACGCAAACGGAAACGUCAUCUCUGACACCGCCGCCGCUUCCGAGCCUACCUCCACCGCUGCCGCGACCUCCUCCACCGCUGCCUACGUCGCCCCGACCUCUUCCACCGCCGAGGCCGCCGCUACCACCUCGGCCGCCAUCGCCGUCCAGGCCGCCUCUUCCGCCGCCGAGUUCGUCGUCUCUUCCUCCACCACCUCCUCCUCGUCGUCUUCCUCGACCUCGUCUUCUUCCUCCUCCUCCUCCUCCUCCUCCGCGACCACCUUCUCCACCUUGACCUCGUCCGCUGCGUCCAAGACCUCCUCCGCGGCCUCCUCCACCUCCACCUCCACCUACUCCAUCUCCACCGACCUUCUCGACGACUACGUCGACCCUACCCAGGCCUUCGUCGACGGAACCAUUGCCUGCAGCACCUUCCCCUCUGGCCAGGGUGUCAUUGCUGUCGACUGGAUGAAUCUUGGUGGCUGGACCGGUAUCCAGGUCUCUGAGGCUGAGAACUCUGGCACUGCCAGCUCGUGCGGUGACGGCAACCUCUGCUCGUACGCGUGCCAGCCCGGUAUGUCCAAGACUCAGUGGCCCUCUUCGCAGCCCGGCGACGGCGAGUCCCGCGGUGGCUUGAAGUGCACUGACGGAUACCUCUACCGCACCAACACCGACACCGACUACCUCUGCGAGUGGGGUGUUAGCUCUGCCCAGGUUGUUUCCGAGCUUGACGACGUUGUCGCUGUCUGCCGUACCGACUACCCCGGUACCGAGAACAUGGACGUUCCCACUGUCGUCACGGCUGGUGCCACCGUUCCUCUUACUGUUGUCAACGAGGCCACCUACUACCAGUGGGAGAGCCAGAUGACCUCUGCUCAGUACUACGUCAACAACGCCGGUGUCUCUGCUGAGGAUGGCUGCAUCUGGGGAGACUCUUCGUCUGGCGUCGGAAACUACGCUCCUCUUAACUUUGGCGCUGGCUACGUCGACGGCGUUGCUUACCUUUCGCUCAUCCCCAACCCCAACUCGGACGCGACUGCCAACUUCAACGUCAAGAUCGUUGCUUCCGAGGGCUCUACCGUCAUCGGCGAGUGCACUUACAUCGACGGUGUCUUCUCUGGUGGAUCGAACGGCUGCACUGUUUCCGUUACCAGCGGUACCGCCAACUUUGUCCUUUACUAGAGGAUUUAGCUGUUGAUAUUACUUGUGUACUAUUAUUUUUUUCUUUUAUUCGACCCAACCUGUAGUAUUCUUUGUUCUGACGUUUAUUACCCCGUUCUCUUGUCUUGUGAUCUCCCUUUGCGUUGAUCUGUUUGUAUGUAAUGACCUUUAAUGACCCAAUUGACCUUACUAUGAAGA